UUGCCGCGUCAUCCUUAUCGGCGAAGGCUGCGCGCGACAAGUGGUGCCGAAACCCGGGAAGCCGCCGAACCCGGGUAGAGGGACAGCUUUGAGGACCCCGACUGCUCGUCGGAAAGAGGAUCCAAGCCAGUGACCUGAGAAACUCCGGAGACUUUUCAGCAAGGACCAAGAAAAUCCGAUUUGGGUUCCAGCGCGGCUGACCAGAGUGGUCAAGCAAGAUGAGCCUGAUCUUAACCCUGAUCCUGAUCUUGAGCGGAGUGCAGAUGGACCUGAAGGUGGAGACCCAGGAGAUCCGCUGGGGGAUCCUAUCAACAUUCCCACGACCAAUGCCAGUCAUGUAUGAUGCACAAGUCUUCCCCCGUUUCUUUACCACCAAUGACUCCAUUGGGCUACCAUAUUUGCCAAUGUCUCAGGACAUAGCCCCUAUACCAGACAACAACACCCAGCCAAAUAACGGCAGUCUUUGUUUUACAACCAACCAGACUCAUGCUGACUCAUGUAUAAAGCUAGGAAAUUUUUCUUAUGCCAAGUUAGGAAAAGAGACCAUCAGGAAUCGUACAUCUUCAGCUAAUGCUACGGUCCUUUUUGGAUGGUGGCCACAGCACGGUUCAUCUUAUGGGAGCAAUGAACGAAAGCACCAACCUCAGUACGCCCCCUUCUGCACUGGCCGGCAUGCGGACUCUUCAAUUAUUUUCCCAUGGACGGGCUGUCAGAGUCGCAGAGCGCAUCUGCUCGAAAAUGGACUCUUUACCUUUUCACCCUUGGAAGGGUAUGGAAAUUACACCGAAAUGAGUCCCUGGAAUUACCCCACCAAUCCCUUUAAUAUUUGGCUGCUGUGUGGUGUUGGUGGCAGUUGCACAGAUCUCUCACCCAUGGUCACCAUUUUGGGUGGAGCGACAGCUACUACCACUCUGCUUGCAAAUGUCAGACCUGGAUCCAUAUCCGCGACGGAAUUAGGAGGACUAAAGUCGGUGGAGCCCACCCCAGUUUGUGUUUGGCCUCCAUUUGUUUGGACAGUUUGUAAUUAUACUGGAUGUUUUUAUGCUCUGUGUUGGAAUGCUAGUGAGUAUGACUUGGCUACUGUAGCCCGCAUGCCCCGUUUUCUGCCUAUUCCAGUGAGGACUAGUAGUUCUUUGGCCCUAUUUCGUCAAAAGCGUGAUUUUGGUAUCACCGCAGCAAUAGUGGCUAUUAUAGCCACUGCGGCGGUUGGAGCCUCCCUGACUAUAUCAGCCUUAGCAUUAAAUGGCCAGGUUGCCACGGCUCAUACCCUCAAUAAUUUGUCAGCAUCAGUUAGUGAAGCGAUAGAUAUACAGGCUUCC